GUCAUAGGCGGGCGCCGGUAGUGCAAGAGACGGCGGCGGCAGCACGUGGGCUCCGAUUUGGAAACUUUCUGGCUGGGUAAUGGAUACGCCGGUAAGGCGCAGCCGGAGGCUGGGAGGACUAAAGCCUGAAUCCCCAGCGAGCCCCUCCUCAGUUUUGCGGGCGCGACGGGCCCUUGUGGAGUUCGAGUCAAACCCAGAGGAAACGAAGGAGCCCGGGUCCCCUCGGAGUCCUCCCAGACAGCCGGGCCUGGGAUCCCCUCAACGUCAGCAAGAGACAAGCCCGGGAUCACUCAGUCUCCGACAGGAUGUAGAACUAGGGUCUCCUCAAAGGCUGCCAGAGCCAGGCCCAGGGUCCCCCCACUGUCAGCAAGACCCAGGCCUGGAGUCACCUCGAAGACAGCCGGAGUCGAGCCCUAAAUCCCCCCUACGUCAGCCGAAGCCAUGUGAGGAGUCAAAGUUCUCCCAGUGCCAGGGAGAACUGGACCCGGAGUUAUCCAAGAGUAAGGAGGAGCCGGGCCCGGGGUCCCCCCAACGUCAGCCAGAGCCUGGGGCGGACGCACCAACACCCUUCCGGAGCCAGACUGGACCCGACUUGGAGUUGGCCCAGAGUAAGGAGGAGCAGGCCCCUGAAUCUCCCCGACAUCACCUGCAGCCGGGCCUAGGAUCACCAGAGCCGUUCCGCGGCCAGCAAGCGACUGGUCCGGAGCCCUCGCAGCCACUACAGGAGCUGACACCUCAGUCACCCGGCUCCCCCCGGGGUCCGCAUGAUCCCAGUAAGCCGACCCUGGCUGGGGAGACGGUGCCAGGCGGCGUCGGGGCAAAGAAGCGAAGAGGUUCUUCAGCCCAGGCCCCAGCGUCCAAAAUGCUGAAGAAGGAGGUGGAGGAGGUUCCGAUGAUGAUCCCGAAGGGGAAGCCCAAGUCAGGGCGGGUGUGGAAGGAUCGCUCCAAGAAGAGGUUCUCCCAGAUGGUUCAGGACAAGCCUCUGCGUACAUCCUGGCAGCGGAAGAUGAAGGAGCGGCAGGAGAGGAAGCUGGCUAAGGACUUUGCCCGGCACCUGGAGGAGGAGAAGGAGAGGCGCCGGCAGGAGAAAAAGCAGCGCCGGGCCGAGAACCUGAGGCGCCGCCUGGAGAAUGAGCGGAGGGCAGAGGUUGUCCAAGUGAUCCGAAACCCCGCCAAGCUCAAGCGGGCAAAGAAGAAGCAGCUACGCACCAUUGAGAAGCGGGACACCCUGGUCCUGCUGCAGAAGCAGCCACCCCAGCGGGCAGCAGCCAAGAACUGACCACAGAACAGCCUGAGACCUUCCGUGGCCACCCACCGUGUGAGAUACAGCCCCCGCCUCAGGCCACUGGUCAGACACCUCUGCUGAGCCUGGCACAGCAACUCUGCAGCUCCAAAAUAGGCACCCCACCCCAGAUGGGGCUCCUGAGCCUUUGGGGCCUUGUGGACAGGUUUUAGGGGGAUAGAGGCCCAGAAAGGGCCUGGUAGAGACUGAUGGGGGAAAGAGGUUCAGCUCCCCGUCUUCCUUCUGGUCCUUCUCCAAUGUCUUCAAACCAAGAACAGUGAAUUCUCCUGGCUUAUCACCAAGGUGGUGACCAAGGGUGACUCCCCCAAAUGUGUUUGUCCUAUUCCUCCCGCCCCAGCUUCCCAAGGGCUGCUUUGGGUACCUCUGCAUCCCACUGACCCUGUCAGCCAGCAAGCUCAACACCUCCCCCCUGUCACCUUCAACACUGAAAGUUUAAAAUGGGGAGACUGCAGGGAGCAGGGUUUCACUGUAGGACCUUCUUUCCUGUGUCAGGGUCCACAGCAGCCCCCCAGAUCCGAUUAACUCAUGCCUGUCCAUCUACAACAAAAUUACCGAUUGCCCACUGUGAGCAGGCAGAAUUCUAGAUACGGGGAGUCGGACAAAAGUCCCCACCCUCAAGGCGCUUUCAUUCUGACAGAGGAAAACAGAUAAUAAACGAGGAAAGUAUGUCGUA